UACCUCAUUCACUUUCUCUUUCUAUUCAAACCUCAAAAUUUACACAUUUUCUCUCUCUAGCUUUGUUUCUUGAAAGGUAAUAAUAUCAUCAACAAUGGCUGAUCGUGCACAGCCCCACCAGGUGCAAGUCCACCGCUAUGAACCUGGCUACAAGGCUCAACAAAAGGGUCCUUCAGCUUCCAAAGUUCUAGCUGUGAUGACCCUUCUCCCCAUCGGCGGCGGUCUUCUCGGACUCUCCGGUAUGACACUAGCAGGUACUCUCAUCGGCCUAGCGGUUACGACUCCAGUUUUCAUCAUCUUUAGCCCUGUCAUUGUUCCUGCUGCUAUUGUUGUUGGCCUUGCCAUGAUGGCAUUCAUGGCUUCCGGUGCUUUUGGGCUGACCGGGGCGACUUCGGUGUCGUGGGUGUUGAAGUAUAUCCGAGAAGCUACGCGGACCAUGCCUGAGUCGCUGGAUCAGGCGAAGAGGCGCAUGCAGGAUAUGGCGGGUUAUGUAGGACAGAAGACUAAGGAAGUGGGGCAAGAAAUCCAGAGGAAGGCACAUGAAGGGAAGUAAAAAAAAAAAAGAAACUCUACAAGAGUGGCUCGUUAUGGUUUUUAAAUGUUGUUGUUAUUUAAGUGUUACUUAUGUUAUGAUGAGGUGGAUUUUAUGUAAUCUUUUUUGUGUAAUUUUAUCUUGUGUCAUUUGGGUUUAAUUGUUGAAUUUCAAUGCUA